AUGCCUGAAGGCCAUCGCUGGUUAAAGACCGGGAUGCUGGUGCACGCGGAGGGCCUCGAUGGCGCCGACAGCGAGGACGAGCUCCUGCGGCAGGUGCCCGUGCCGGCCCAGCUCGGCUCGUCCCUGCUGGCGCCCGCGACAGCCGCCGUGCCGCUCGCGGCGGGCGUGCUGGGCGCCCUGGGGGCAGGCGUGCGCUCCCAGGCCGUGCUCUUCGACGCCGCCGUGGCGCCCGCGCGGCGCGCCGAGGCCGCGCUGCAGCUGCUCGCCGAGGUCUGCCGCGGGGACCCGCGGGCGGAGUGCGUGCUGCUCUGGCGGCGGGAGCAGCUGCGGGGCCCAGAGUUUGCGCGGCUGGCGCGCGCGGAGCUCGGGGGGCUGGAGCAGGGCGAGGCUGCCGGCCGCACGGCGACGAGUCUGCCGGAGGACGCCCUCCGGCGGGUGCACGUCAAGUACGUGCUUCCGGCGUCCCCCGCUGGCGGCCCGCCCCCGCUGGUGCGGGCGCUGGCGCUGCUGCACAACCUGCCCUUCGCGCCCGCGGCGGUCGCAGUGCUCGGGCUGGCGCGGCUGGCGCGCGGCGGCGGGCAGGUGCCCGACACCAUCCCCGGCGGCGCUUCCGCCACCCACGGGCCCCCCCGAUGCUCGGAGCCACGCUCUGCUGGGAGCCGCGUCGGUGGACGCGCGCCAGGCGGCGCUCGCGGCGGCGCUGCUGGCGGACGCGGCCGUCCAGGCCGCGCCGCCCGGCGGCCGCGCCGCCCUUGCGCUGCUCUGCGACGAGGCUGCGGCGGCGGGCCCCCCGGCGGAGGCGCAGCAGGCCAUGCUGGGCUGCUCCUUCGAGGCCGUGUGGCGCGCGCGCCCGGGCGGCUCGGGCCCCGCCUCCGGCCUGGUGGCGGAGCCGUUGGUGUAGUGGCUGGCGCGGUGCAGCGUGCCGGUUGCCAGCUCGGCGGGCCACUGUGCCGCGCCUCGCUUUGA